GGCUUGACUGGAGGCGGCGGCGCUGAUCAGCACAGCUGCCAUACAGCGCGACACGGCUGCCCCCGACCGCUUACAUACAUACAAACAAUGACUCAUCACGAACCAUGACCACGGCCCUCGCGCUGCGGCCCCCGCCGCCGCCCAAGGACACUCGACAAGAUGAGCCGGACGCCUUCGGCAAAAAAGACGUACGCCUCUCGGAGAAGGCGCUGGAGCUGCGACGGCGCGUCGAAAAAAGGCGCCAGGAGGCCCAGGACAAGUUUCAACGAGAGGCGGAACUUGUAUUGCAGAGGCAGCAGACGCGGCAAAAGCGGCACGUCAUCGCACAGCAGGAGGUGCACGGUUCCGAGAGACUAGUAGAUGCGGAUUUGCUCCAUAACCACCACGAACUCUUCAAGAGGUCCGGCCACCAGUUUAAUCUCGGCGAGAAGUACGAAAGAUUGGGCCGAGACACGCAGCGGGCACUGAGGGCAACGAGAGAAAACCAAAACAAACUAAAUUAUUUGGAGGGGAGAAUUAGGAGGUUGCGAGACGACGUCAACGGCGUGCCGCGGGGCCACGCCGACGACGAGGUCGACCAGAUGCUGAAACGAGCGCGGGACGACACGACGCAAUUAGGGUUUCGGAAAUUCUUCCAAAAAUGCGAUAAAUGUGGCGCGCGCGUGACGCGGGAACAUUUUGAUGGGCAUCGUAGAGUGUGUCCAGGAGCUCCUCCCGAACUAGGUAAUAGUUCCGAUGAUGAUGAAGAAGCAAAACAAAAGGGCUGCGAGACGGAGGAGUGCGUGGUUUGUGGGUUAACCAAGCCUAGGGACAAAAUAAAAGCUCAUGUGAAGAGAUGCAAGAAACGCCAACAGUACAUCAGGGACCGAAAACAAGCUUCGAAGGCUGUCCAGAUGAAGCCGCAGCCGCCGCGAGAUCUGCGAGUCGGUAAAAUAACAGCCACCACUAUUGAGUUGAAGUGGGCGCCACCUAUUUUAGAUGGAGGCGCCACGGUCUUUGAGUAUGAGGUGGUGUUUAGUGUUACUACCAUAACAAAAGUAGGGAAGAAGGUGAACAGAACGGUAUCAGCCCUACCUCCCUUGCAGACGACGUGCUACAUGUACCAGGAGCCGGUCUGCGAAUAUGGGUAUGUUCUUACUGAACUAAGAGCUUCUACGGAGUACAGCGAGUUCCGGGUACGGUGCAAGAACGAGGUCGGGUGGAGCGAGUACGGCCCGCCCCUCGGAGCCUACGAGACGAAAAAUGCGGUGGCGCCGGGCGCGCCCAUCUUUUUACACCACGAGCCGCCGACCUCGAAGGCCAUUGCUUUAUCCUGGAGCCCGCCGAUCCGAGACGGUGGAAGUGACGUCGUCGACUACCACGUCCACUACACGGAAGUCCGAACCUUGACACAUGCCGAGUGGCUCGCCGAAUUCAACCCGGGCAAAGGGAAACAAACCUCGGACGAGAAGCAUGAAGUGAGAAAUGACGUCUCGUUACGCGUCGGCGGUCCCGUGUGCAACUACGUGUUGCGGGAUUUGCGGGGCGAGACGGAUUAUUGUAAUAUCAAGGUCCACGCGCGGACGAAAGCGGACUUGGACGGCGAAUCCGCUUGUAUCGAAAAAGUGACCACCCUACCACCGUCGAUGCGGGAGUUGUUAGUUAAAGAAAUUCAACGCGUACAAGAAGUGGAGGGCGACUUCGUGGACACGGAGUUCUACACGGGCUUUGUGCAGCGAGAAUAUAAACCGGACUACCUAGCUCGACUCAAGGCCGAUCUAGCCGAAGCUUAUGCAGCCGAGAAAGCAGCAUUGGACAUCAGUGAGGAGGACCAAGAAAAAGCCAAGAGCAGGUGGAAGACGUCGGCAUUGGGCACGAUGGGCGCGCGGGCCUUCGCGGAAGCGGCGCCCGAGCCCGAGGAGGAGGAGGACGAGGAGACGCUCAUGGAACGCGCGGUGCCGGACUACGCUCGUAAAAGGCGGCAGUUCGAGCACCGUCUUAAAUGUCUGGAAGAAGGUAUCAAAAAAGCGGAAGAGGAGCAGAUCAAGUGCUUCGCGGACCGGGCGGCUCUGGCUCGAAGUAUGGCCGAGACGCAGAAUCGCAUCAUUGAAGUCCGAGCGGAGAUCGACCGCGUGGCGAACGUGAAGGCGCCCUACAUUAAUAGUAGCGUGAUCCACGGCGCGACGCAGCGCUUCACGAAGCCGCAGUUGCAGCACGACCUGCAGGUCGAACUCGAGAGGUGCCUCGGGUUGAUCGCGAACGCCAAACGCAAGGUGCAGCAGUUGGACGAGGGUCGGGUUCGGGCCUCGAAGACGUGCAUCCAGAAGAAGCAGCAACUCCAUGACAGACAAGCAGCAUUUGUUAAUAUCCGAGCCGAUGCCAGAAGACAGGCUCGCGUCGCAGCUUUACAAACUAAAAAGAAAAAAUUAACAAAAAGGGAAAUACGGGAGAUCGAACAGAAGUGUCGCCUAAAACAUUUUGAGUUGUGGUGCGACUAUAUUGAUGAGAUUAAGGCGGCGCGGAAGACGGCGAUGCGGUGCCUCAAAAGUUGUAGUUUGAGAUUUAAAAGAAAUGCCUGGCAGAAGUGGCGCUUCGGGGAGUUCGAGGACUUCGGGCCACCGAGUCCGGUGAAGAUUAUCGGGCUCGGUGGGAGAUUAUUGAAGCAAGCCUCGGCGUCUCGUUCUGAAAAUGAGGACGACGCGCGCGCCGCGUUGAAGGAGCUGUCGACGUUGAGGAGUGAGGUAGCACGACUGGCCUAUACGAAAAGACAGCAACGGGAGUGGCACAACAACCAUAAGGCGGCCUACCAGACUUCCGAACUCGAAACGAUACCCGGCAAGGAAGUCGUGACGAUAGAACGCUUGGCCGAUGAUAGUUCGACGCGAUCACGACCCUACGAGGACGAGAACGCCCCAGAAAUUGCUUAUUUAUUAGAAGGAGAUGGACUGAGGAGAGCGGGCAAGCACGAGUUCGCGCGAGAUCGGUAUAAUCUAUGUCUAGAAGCGUUAACACGGAGAGCUAAGGAUAGACCACACGGUCAAGCGGAUGUGGCGGCACUAGCAAGGUGCAUGCUACAUAUUGGAGAGACGUAUUUUGAGGAGAGAGAGUUCGGGAAGUGCCUGGCGGCGGUCGAUCGCGCCGCGGCGCUGGCGAAGGAAUGCAACGACGCCGUGGAUUUUAGUUUGAGAGGUGGCGGCGUCAACUUGGAUCCCGAUGAAAGUAGGAUAGAUGCGGCUCGGGUGCUCCUCGAGAAAGUCGAGUAUCAUCGCGACAAGGCGCGCGCGUCCAUUAGGACCUUAUCGGCGAAGAUCCAGUUGGUGCAAGGCUUCGCGUUGGUCGAACAAUCACAAUAUCAGUACGGCCAGGUGUUACUGGAGCGAGCUUUAAGUUCUUUCGAGCGCUUGGGUGACGUCCGAGCGCAGCGGGAGUGCGCGUUAGCACUGGCCGAGUGUUUCCGACGACAACACCGACCCGCAGAGAUGAUCGAACGGAUGGAGGUCAUGGCGCGAACCAUAGACAAUGAAGUGAAGACCAAUCUAGAGGUAGGCGCGUCGAAGCUCAAAGCUCUACGAGACAGACUAGUUUCGAACAGUGCCAAGCAGGGCAAGGUCGUGCACCUCCAACGGGAGUCGGCGCGGGCGCUACGCCUAGUCCACGAGCAGGUCGGCGCGAAGAGAAGAAUAAAAAGAGCAAUUGAGGAGAGAAGAGAACAGGAGAAGAAGACGCAGAAGGUCGAGGAGCUCUAUAAACGUAUUGAGGAUCAGCUCGCGGAAGCCAAGGUCACGGACAAGGACGAGAUGGAAUCUGUUUUAAUACAUGGUAGAGCGCAGAUCUUCGAGAUCGAAGAGCUUAAAAUAAGAUUAGCUGAGAGACUCAUUGAAGUGCAACGAGAUGUUGAUGCAUCAAAAAGGGAAGAAAUGGCCUCGAUCAACAAGGUCAAGAAUUUCGAGGAUGAUAUAAGAGAGGCUUUGAAUGAACAUAAGGUCGAGGCCGGGCCGCUCAUGAAGAAAGUACUUGAGAGUAGUAAAUUCCGGUUCAUCGCGUUGUGCGCGACGAACAUGAAGGGUAAUGAAGUGAUGGGCGGCGCUUCCGGCGGCGUCGGCAUGUGCGCGACGGCGUGCGAGAAGAAUAUAAUUGUGUUUUGGAUGAAGAACGGGAAACAGCGGCGCGUGUUUACCGGUGAUGAUGAAGGCAGGCAUCUUGGGGAUCCCGAAGGUCAUACAGCACUAGUAAGUGCCUUGCACUUCACGGGUUCUCGGGUUUACUCGGGGGGCAUGGAUUCUCGUAUAUUUGUCUGGGACACGUCGGAGACGUCGCUGAACCGGGCCAUCACGGGCGAGCGGUGGAAUCUGACGGAGGAUGAGCGACGAGGCGCCAUGGGUAGACCGUUGAUGCUCUUAGAGGGCCAUGAAGCCUCGGUCACGGCGAUACAAGUAGAUACGUUGAAAGUGGUGUCUGGGGGGGCGGACUGCAAGGUCAUUCUUUGGAGUAGAGCAACUGGUAUCAAAUUAAGAAUCUUGCACGGUCAUCAACGAAGUGUAUUAUGCUUGGACAUCGGGCCGACGUGGAUCGUCUCCGGUGGGCAAGAAUCAGAAGCUCGGAUCUGGCACUUGCCGGACGAAGCGGACCCGAGUCAGGUCAUGGGCAACGACAAGAAGACGAAAGUAGCCUUGGAUGCACUGAAACGUAAUAGAGAUAUAAAAACGCGGAAGAAGCUCGCUUCAGGCGAUGGGUUCGAGCUCGAGGCGGGCCCGGGCCUAACCGUAGCUAAAUUCGGUGCGUUGGAGCUCAUUGGUGGCUUGGCCGAUGGGCACGUCGUCGUCUGGUGGCUCCAGGACGGCAAGAUCCUCCAGAAGGUCAAGGCCCACCAGGGCCCGGUGCACGACUUGCAAUUCGACGCGACGCGAAUUGUAUCUGCGGGAGGCGAUGGCUUAGUGGUCGUGACGGAUAUCACGACCGGGGAAUUGAUGCAACAGCUCAGAGGCCACGAGGGGCCGGUGCUAGCCCUCAUGUUCGACACCGAGAAGAUACUUUCAGCUGGAGUGGACAACACGCUGAGGCAGUGGCUCUGGGCCCAGGAGAGCGAUCGGGGCAAAGUCAGCGACAAGUUUCAUGUGUAUGACGCCGGCGACACGCUCGUGAGCAUAGCAAGACAGUACGGUGUCAGUCUACCGGAGGUCAUCCGGUGGAACGCCAUUGAAGACGUGAGGAAGGUCUUCCCCGGUACUAGGUUGAUAGUACAACCCGGCAACCCCGACGAGCCGACGGGGCCGGAAAAAGCAUUAGCUAAGAGGCAAGCGUCCAAGAGACGGAGGAAUCAGGACGCGCUGCAACAGUCGAAAGCUUCGAAGGCCGGUGCCGCCAAGGACAUGUCGAUCCUCGAAAAGUUGAAAGCUAGAGAAGCCGAGAGCGACCGCAUGAACUUCCGGAAGAACCCCCUCGAGACGGCGCCGGAGCCGCGGAAGUAUCUCGCGGAGUUAAGGUACGUCGACAAGUCCACAUUUUCUUCCAGAAUUGCGAAGAAAAUAGAACCCUCGGCGCUAGACAUCGACGCGACGCGUGUGAGGCGGGAAAAGAGCGAUCCCAAUAAAAUAGGCAGGUUAACGGCGCUCGGUGGUCGAGUGGCGAAGGCAAUUAUUGAAACGAUUGACCCCUUCGGGGAGGUCGCGGAGCGGCGCAAGAAGGCCGAACAGGAUAAGCUGGCCGCCCAGGAGAAGGCCGAGAAGGACGAAGCAGCUGCGGCGGCGGCGUCGCACGGCAAGUCCGAACAAACUAAAUUGCUUACCUUGGAGGAGAAACGCGAGGUGGCCAAUGCUACCUUUAUAUUGGAAGAGUUGAUCUUGCCUGGGUUGUUGCAGGAGGAAUGUGUGGGCAUGGCUGAAACCGAAAGUCGCAAGGCCACGUGGGCCGAGUCGCUGACGGGGAGAUUUGACGAUUCCGUGCGGAGCGGCCCGAUUGACUACGACGCGCUGGAGUUGUUGUUGCAUCAGGAGCGCAUGAAGGCGGCUCGUUUGCAUGCCCAGGAACAACAAAAGAUGGAGGCCGAGCGGAAGACUGGUAGUGGGGCGGCUCUCGUCGAAGGGUUCUCGAUUGCGAACAUCGCUUUGUCGGCGCAGCGCGGGGCGGCGGCUGCGGACUCUCAUGCUAGGCAGGAGGAGAAGGACGAGCGCUACUCGCACGCCGAUAGCCAGGACGAGAUCGACACGCUAUUGUCGAGCGACUGGGGGGCCGCGUACUAAGUGUGUUG